AUGGCGGACUGUAUCCCUAUCGCACCUGAAUUACCAUUCCGACAACAGGUUAUCGAACUCGCCUCUCACCUUGCUAGAUCCCUACCAAACUCGGAUCAAGCUUCUUACAGGGAAUUUGUCGGUUCGUAUGAGAGUCAAGUGAACAAGGAAGGUGAAGAGGACGUAGCGGCUGAGCAAAAGACGGAGAUUGUGAAGAGCCUGGUAGCCAAGGUCGGGGAAUUGAAAGGUGCUUUGGAUGGGUUGAAGGAAUCUGAUGUCGAAAACUCUCACUUAUUAUUGCAAUAUACCCUAUCGAUGACAUUUGAUCCAUCAUCUGAGGAAUACUCAACAUCGGUCAAGAAUGUAGUUGAAGCGGUUAAGAAGGGAGGAGAGGCUAGUGGGAAACAAAGUAGGGUCGAUGUAGCUUCUCGAAUCCUUAACAAUACAUACAACUACCUUCCUUCUACCUCAUCUCUCCGACCUACCGUCCUUCUUUCCUUGUUGUCUCUCCUCUCAACCUCAUCGGACAUCUCAAUCUUACCACUAUCAUCCGAGGUAUUAUCCAAAUCCAUAUCCCAAUGGGCAAUCUCCUCGAAAGAAAAAGUAGACUUCCUCUUAUCCCUCUCUCAAUUAUACAUAUCUGCUUCGGAGUUACACAAAGCUUUGGACGUUCUGAUCAUCGCCCUGAAGGAAAGUGUCGAUACGAAAAUCGUCGAAAAAGCUAUAUUGGUCAAUCUGGCUAUAAGCGAUAAAUUCGAAUUGGACGAGAUAUUGAAGAUUCAAGGUGUCAAGGAGAACUUGGGCAAUGCCAAGAGCGUGGUGGACUUGUUUGAAGGUGAUGAGAUUGAGAAUGUCAAGAAAGGGCAGGAGUGGGCUAAGACCAAUGCCGCUUGGGUCGAGGGUGCAGGCGUUCCUGGAUUUACCGCUGAAUCGGUCGUACGAAAAGUUCGACUCGUAGCUUUACUUGCUCUCGCUGCUAGAUCAGAAACUCGUCAGCUUGAGUAUGCACCUAUCGCCAAAGCGUUGGGUAUCGAUGAAUCUGAAGUUGAAGCUGUAGUCAUCGAUGCCGUUCGAUCCAAACUCCUUUCCGCUAGAAUCUCUCAACCCCUCUCACUCAUAAAGAUUCAAUCUAUCUCUACUCUCUCUUCCUCCACCCGACGAUUCGGUUCAGACGAAUGGAAGUUGUUGGAAAAGAGAUUGAAUGAAUGGAAAGUUUCUGUUACCGAGGCUAGAAGUGUAGUUGAGGAAGCUCAGAAAUUGGCUGAACAGCCUUUAUCUGGUAGUGGUGGUGAUAAGAGACGUGGAGGAGGUGGUGGUGGCAAGAGGGAUAACAGACAGAGAGAAGAACAAGGUCAGGGUCAACAGGAUGGACAGUCGACACAGCAACAAGGUGAAGAAGUUGCUGCUGCCUAG